AGUUAUUACAGUUCAUCCUGAGGGGAGCAUGAACGAUGAAGCACGUUCAUCACAGUCCAGCUGCUGCUGAGACGCUUCAGGGGUUCUCGAGGGGUUCGAGAUUCAGGUACAGAGGAACAGAAGAGACUCAAAACCACCACAAGGUCCAGAGGAGUCAGGAAUCUUCAGGUCCAGAGGAAUCCUGAUCCUGCUGUAAGCCCUGACACCCCUGACUGUAUAUAAUCACAGUCUGAUCUCAUGUUCACAGUCCUCUCACAUUCAGACUGUCAUGAAAAUGUAAGUGGAAACAAUGAAAACCAUUAACCGGAUGAUGACGGCAGGUACGCAGGUGCAGGCUCCUCCCAGUGGGCGUGGCCUCAGCGCUCCACUCAGCUGUCGGUCAGCGUCAGAGCCGCCACUCGCCUCUUCUCUUCUCAGUAACGAGGACUGCAGUGGAGGCUGCUGCUGCUGGAUGAGCGUGUGAGCUGUGCUGAGGUGAAAAUGAAGCGCUCCCUGGGGAUCUGUCUGCUGAUCUGCUCCGCUCUGAUGGGACUCGGAUCAGCCAUUCGCUGUUACAGCUGUAAGGACUACACAGGCAGCUGCUCCAAACAACGAGACUGUAGCUAUGACGACGCCUGUCUCACACUCAACGAGAGAGGUGGAAUGACUUACCGUCAGUGUCUGAAGUAUUCAGACUGCGAGUACGGCCGACUGGCCCAGAUGUUCCCCCAGGUUUCCAGUUUUACCUUCAAGUGCUGCAACUCUGACCUGUGCAACUCCGCCCCCUCCUCUGCAGCGAGCUCCGUGAUUGGUCUGCUGGCCUCGGCGGCCGUCAUGUGGUGGUGCAUCCAGUGAAGCGCGGAGGGGUCGCUGCUCUGUAGCGCCCCCUGCGGCCGCGAACGUGCGGCCGCUAUAACAGCUCAGCUUCUCUAACGCCCGCCGCCGGCGGCGCACCUCGCCGAACACAUCAGCAGUAUCAUACGACGCGGACAUUUGUCUCAACAGUUUAAGCAGCUGAUUGAUCGAACGUUAAAAGCUUCUGUCAUGUUAUCGAUAUUUAUAUUUCGCCACAUCUGAAGAGUUUGAACAUUUAAGGUCACAGUUUUCUCGCUCUGUCACGUUUCACUUUGUUUGCUUUUAAAGACGUGAAACCUUAUUAACACGUUGUUUUACAGGUAGUUUAUUAAUAAUUCUCUGUAGUUUCCUGAAAGAUCGGUGCGAGCUCGUUAGAAAGAGAAACUCUCAUGUUGUGAUUUUCAGCAGCUCGUCUCACUUUAAAUUUGCGUUUACGAACAGAGUUUCAGCGCUGCGGAGGUUCAGGAACUUAAAGGUGGAGUCUGCGAUUCUGGAGGAAUCCAAGACCACGAUCCAGAGCGAACAGCGACACAGCGAGCACUGUAGCCGACGUUAGCUCGGCUGAGGGUUAGCUUAGCUCGGCUGAGGGUUAGCUUAGCUCGGCUGUGGGUUAGCUUAGCUCGGCUGAGGGUUAGCUUAGCUCGGCUGAGGGUUCGCUUAGCUCGGUUGUGGGUUAGCUUAGCUCGGCUGUGGGUUAGCUUAGCUCGGCUGUGGGUUAGCUUAGCUCGGUUGAGGUUUAGCUUAGCUCGGUUGAGGGUUAGCUUAGCUCGGCUGUGGGUUAGCU